AUCUCCCACUUUUCUCUCUCUCUCUCUCUCUCUCUCUCUCUCUUUCAAAACCAAAACAUAGCAAAAAGAGCCACAGAGCAGAGGCACAAGCACACACACUGUGCGUGUGCGCCCUCGUCUCUCUCUUCUCUCUCUCUCCUCGGUGUUUUUAGAGAGAGAAGUAUGGCGGACUGUAAGCGAAUGGCGGUCGUCGACUCUUCCACCGCCUCCGCAGCCGACGAAGACCACUCUCCGUCCAAGAGAAGGAAAAUCCUCACUGCUUCUUCGCCUCCGGAGACAAUGCUUCAUCAUCAUCAUCAUCAGCUCGGCGAUUCUCGCAGUUUCAAGCUCCUUCGUUCCACGAGUUCCUGCUCCGACGAGCACUCUCCUCCUUCUUCCUCUUGCUGCUCCAGCAACGAGUUCAACGACGUCGUUCUAGUCAGCUCGCCGCUUCUGGAUCUGGAGGCCAAGAGUUGUGAAACCGUCUAUACUGCGCCGGCCGGCAAUAAAUUCAGAGAAACGACGCCGUCGAGCGAGCUGUGCCUGGAGAACUCCGACGAGAUGGAGUCGCCGGCGGUUAGCAAAGCGCCUCCGAGUGACGAGAUCGAAGAGUUCUUCGCCACGGCCGAGAAGUACGAGCAAAAGCGCUUCGCAGAAAAGUACAACUUUGAUAUCGUGAAGGAGGCGCCGUUGGAGGGCCGGUACCAGUGGGUUCGUUUGAAGCCAUGAGCAAAAAACCUCGAGGUGGGGAGAUAAUAAACUGACACUAGAUAGGACAGAGAGUUUCGUGCAACCUAAUCUGAUGGCUUUGUUUUGGAAGUAGUACUAUCACUACUGCAUAUAUGGCUCUGUGUUCAUUGUACAGCUUUCUUCUUACUAUUGGAAGCUUCUAAUUCCCUCUGCAAAUUUCUAAUCUAUUUUGCUAGAAAACAA